AUGCCUACCUUCAAAGGUCUCGGGCUGCUCUGCUCGGUACUGGUGACGUCGCGUCUCAGCUUCGCCGACAAGCUGCCGUCGGUGCCGACCGCUGCCGACAGCCUGUACUCGUACCUCCCUCCCCUUGAGGCUGACCCACCCGCACCGGACGGAUUCUCCUACCUGGCUCCCGACAGCCCCUCUCCCUAUGACGUCACCAGCGCCUCUCCCUAUGACGUCAUUAAUCCUACCUCCUCAUACACCUCCAUCGGCCCGGAGCCGUCCCACGGCCCCGUCAGCCCAGCGGCGGUAUACGCACAGGCGUCGAGCGGCGGUGGUCCCCUAGCGGUGACCCAGGAGGGUCGCCUGGAGGGGGUGACCCUGGAGGCGGCCUCUGGGGGUCAGGUGGACGCCUGGCUAGGAGUGCCGUACGCCAGCCCGCCAAUGGGGGAUCUACGCUUUCUGCCGCCGCAGCCCGUGGAGCCGUGGUAUGGCGUCAGGGAGGCCAAGAGCCAGCCAAACGCCUGCUGGCAGGUGAAGGACACGUUUUUCGGCGAUUUCACUGGCGCCACGCAGUGGAACGCCAACACGCCGCUCAGCGAGGACUGCCUGUACCUAAACGUGCAUGUGCCGCACUACCGGCCGGCUCGUCCGGCGGCCGUGCUCGUCUGGAUCUACGGCGGCGGGUUCUACAGCGGCUCGGCGGCGCUGGACGUCUACGACCCCACGGAGCUGGUGGCCGCCGGUGGGGUGGUCGUCGUCGCUAUGCAGUACCGUGUCGGCUCUCUUGGCUUCUUGCGGCUCGGCGACGCGCCGGGAAACGUUGGCCUGCUGGAUCAGGCGGCCGCGCUGCGAUGGGUACAGAGGAACGCUGCAGCGUUCGGCGGAGAUCCCAACCGUGUGACGCUGUUCGGAAACUCGGCCGGCGCGGCCAGUGUCAGCCUGCACCUGCUGUCGCCCGUCUCCUCGCCGCUGUUCCGCCGCGCGGUGCUCCAGUCCGGCUCCGCCACCAACCCGUGGGCGGUGCAGGAGCCUUCCGAGGCCUACCGGCGCGCACUGCGGCUGGCUGAUGAGGUCGACUGUCCGGCAGCCUCAGAUGACCAGGCGCUGACCUGUCUCAGGGAGAUCGACCCCGAGACGCUCGUCAACUCGGAGUUCUUCACCACGGCGUUCGCCGACUUUCCGUUCGCGCCGGUCGUGGACGGGGAGUUCCUUCUGGAGGAUCCCGCUGCCGCGCUGGCCGGGGGCCGCUUCAAGCCUGCCGACCUGCUGGCGGGCACCACCUCUGAGGAGGGCAACUACUUCCUGUUGUACGCCCUUCCAGAGUACGCCAACCUGAGCGCGGUGCGCACCCCCGAUCGCUCAGAUCUGACGCGCUAUACGGAGGUUCUGAACGGUGACCUCUCGCCGGCGGCGAGACUGGCCGUGGAACAUUUCUACACCCCCUGGGGCGCUCCCGACCAGUCAGCCGCCAUCCGGGACGCCGUGGACAAGAUGGCCGGAGAUCGCCAGUUUGCGUGCGGUGUCAACGACGUAGUGGCGGCGCACGCGCGGAAAGGGGGCGCGGUGUGGCAGUACCAGCUGCGGCAGAGGGCGCCCGGCUCCGUGUGGCCCCGCUGGAGCGGCGUGCUGCACGCGGAUGAAGUGUUUUUCCUCUUCGGCGCCGCCCUCAAGAAGCCAGAGGAGUUCAGCAGAGAGGACGUCAUCCUCUCCAAGCGGAUCAUUCAGUACUGGACCAACUUCGCCAAGACUGGGGACCCUAACUAUUCCGGCGAGCAGUGUGUGCGCAGUCCGACCAGCCACGAGUGGCCCCUUUACGAGCCGGUCGGCCAGCGCUACAUGGUCCUCUCACACUACGGCCCGGUCACCGGUCACGCGCUGCGGGUCGGCCCCUGCGCCCUCUGGAACCACCUCGUGCCGCGGCUCAACGACACGAGCGCCAUCUGUGGCGAGGUGUAG